ACAUGCAUUUUUUUCCCUCGUCCCUCUUGCUUAGAAGUGAUUUUAUGCGCUAAACAGGCAGCCAACAGACGCCUGUCGUCGGGGUAAUGGGCUGGCGUGUGCACAGGGGGGAGGGCAGCGGCUGGUCUUUGCUUGCCUUCACCGGGUUAUGAGUAAGGCAAACACCUGGCUAGGGGGCGUCGCCGCGGUGCUGGUCUCAGUACUUGCCUCCCACCGCUAGCCAGUAGUACUCUCGGCUUGUUAAUGGCCGCAGAAUGAGCCACUGAAUCUGUUAAAUUCCCCAGGUCAUGGUGAGUGCGCUUCAUACAUUCCUUAUCUGGGGUCUUUUACCCGAGGACCCGGAGGCUGUCGUGCUCGAGGCAGUAAUGAUAAUAGUUCGGUCGUGACGUAAUUUGCAUCCUUAAGCUCGCGUGGGUUGAGGGAAGCCAUUGUGCGGCAAGGACGUUCCGUAGAGUGUGCGGGAGGUGGCUGCUGCCAUCUCCUCCCCGGCAUGGUCUUUACUGUGGAGUGUAUCACCUGCAGGGCGCGAGGGUGGCGGUAGGAGACCUUUGAGGGGAUGGUGAUGACCUCUGCUGCGCCACGGACUGCACCGAUCAGACCCACGCGGUACGUCGUUGCGAGGCAGUAAUGACGCACAUCUCGCCGUAAUGAACCACCGCGAGGCUCAUCAGCGCCACGCCGCCAAGAUGAAGGGACGAAUCAUAAUUGAGUAGAUUCUCCUGACGUGGCGCCGCCGCGAGCCAGGCAGCCGUCAACACCUCGGGCAGGGGCGCCAAGGCCGAAGAGGUGCACCCUGUUGACGAAAAUUUUUGCCAAUUGACCUUAGCACAUUGUUCAACGGGCCCGGCGGCGCUCACGGCCAAGUUCUCCCACACGCACACACACACACACACACACACACACACACACACACACACACACACACACACACACACACACACACACACACACACACACACACACACACACACACACACACACACACACACACACACACACACACACACACACACACACACACACACACACACACACACACACACACACACACAAAUGCACACCAAGACGCACACACACACACAAAUGCACACCAAGACGCACCUCGGUCUGGGUCUGCACCCUCCGCUGCUCCCUCUUCGUAAACACUCACGCACAGAAUGCAACGCGUAAUUUUCACGCUUCACACCUGGCGACACGUCCGCUGCAUGACCAGGACGGGAGUAAAUGCCCUGUGUGACACGUGGAGGUGGGGCGGGGUGGAGCGGAGAGGAGGCCAGUAUGCCCCUGACUGUGGUGGAGGGAGGGUGUGUGUGAGUGUGCGUGGCGGUGCUGCUGGUGUUCCCCGCUUGCCUACCUUCCUACCUGCCUUCCCUCACACCUGAGCUGUCUACCUCACAUGCUCUUGUAGCUUCCUUUCUGGUGGCGGUGCUGGUGCCGGGGCCGGUGUAGCUUCCCCUGUAUAUAGUCUGUAGCCAUAGAGACGGGUUUUUCAUCUCGCCACGCUGCCUCCCAUGUAAGGAGCCGGGUCUGCCCUGGAUGUAUCUGGGCCGCGGCAAGGGUGGCCUGAGUGCAGUGUUGUCGGCUGUGGUUGAGGUGGGUCGUUUCAGGCGAGAUGGCAUCGGUGAGUAGAGCGGAACACGGUGGUGGCGGGCGGUGGAGCCUCACUUCCCGAAGCUCCGCCGAGUAACCUUCCCCUCAGAAGAUCUCGUCCCGGAGACCGAUGACCAGGGGACUCGAAGGACAAAGCUCGUGAGUGUUGUGACCUGUGGAAGAGCGAGUCGCUGGCCGGCUGUCGGCGGUGGGUCGGCAUGAUGGGGUGAAUCGGCCGGGACCUUGCAAUACCGCCAGCUGGGCGGGGCCGGGUCAUGCAGUGCGGGACGGGGUUCCCAGGGCAAGGGGGCAGGGGGGCCGAGGUCGGGGGGAGUGGCCGGGGCCCUGACGGAUGGUGAUCCCAUGUAUGCUGCUCGUGGCGGCCCCAAGGGGGAUGUCUGCCACCCCAGUAGCGCUCCAGGGGCACGCCUCCCCCCGGCCAGCAUGCAGGCUCCGGCAUCAGCCCGGAGUCUGCCUGGGUCUGGGGGCGGCGGGAACCCUUCCGGCCACCUGACCAAACCCUCGCCCCGCUCCCUUCACCUGCAGCAGCUGCCGUCGCGCUUCACCCGGCUGGGGAGGUCCCCGGACGUCGAGAAGCCCGACCGAGUGUGGACGGUGCGGGGCGAGACUGGUACUGGGCCGCCAGGUCCGAAUGACGUCAUCAUUACUGACAUCUGCCUCAACCACAACCCCGAGCUGAGCCUCAACACCAGCUCCGUCAGGUCCCGCCAGCAACCUGAUGCCACCUCCGCCAUUCAGCAGUUGUCUGUUGUCGACCUACAGAAUCAGGUGAGCCAAGGGCCCUUUACCUCACGCCGCCCGGUGGCCCAGCCAAGCCCGCUCCCACGUGAGCUACCAGGGCUAGGAUGCAGCUUCUUCGGAGUUGCUCAAGCCUUCUUGGGUCGCAUGGUGACGCUAAUCUGUAGUGGCGAUCUAUGCGGGGGCCAGGGGGCGGCGCACCAGACCGACCCGGAGAGGGACGAGGUGGAGGAACUCGUGGACCACCAGCAGCCUGAACAAGUACCCGCGAGAACACAAGACACCACGCAGAGGGUGGUGGACACGCAAGAAACGCCUCGCGGAUACGACAACCCAAUAGUGUCCCCGCCGACCACCGCCUCAGGCCUCAGAGUGACCCCGGAGGUGGUGGUGACGCCCGAGAAGAGCGGCAGGAAGUCUCAAGCGUCGUGGGCGAUGCUGAGCGACCUGGUGAGGCUGCAGCACUCAGCACUCCCCACCUCCUCUUCCUCAGCGGACGCCGUGUACAGCAGUCCUGGGGCCGCCUCUCACCUGCAGGUCCCUCAAGAGGGCGGUGGGGAGCUCCGAGCUGUUCGAUCCCUGCUGGAUAUACAGAGGGAGAGGGAGCGCGCACAGCUUCAUCCUGCCCGGUACCUGGAUGAUCUACGGGUCCUCUAUAACAUUCACAGGCGGGAGCUGGUGUCGCAGCUGGUGUACCGGGAGGCCGGCCAGAUCUUCCAGCGGGAGGGGGCGGCGGGGGAGCCACCGCCCCUGCGCCGCAUGAUUACAGCCCCCACGCACACCGUCACCGAGGAGGACCUCAAGAUACAGGAGUCAAGAAAGAGACUCAUUAGGAAGAUAGCCUCCCUGCGGCCGAUAGUGUCCCCUCGUGGGCUGGAGCCGGAGCCAUGCUGGGAAGAGAGUGAGUUCGUGCUGUCGUGCCUUCAAGCCCACAACCUGUACCGUGCCCGCCACUCCUCCCCGCCCCUCACUCUCUCCAACAAGCUGUGUCGGAUGGCUCAGGAAUGGGUGAACCAGCUGGCGCACACCGGCACACUGCGGCAUCGUGGAGACCCUGAACUCGGAGAGAACCUCUUCUGCAGGAACACGGCGCUCAUCCUGCGGGGCCGCACCUCCGUCAUGCCGGACAUUACAGGCGAAGAAGUGGCAGCCUAUUGGUACAGUAGCGUCCGGCAGUACAGGUUCAAUAGGCCGUCCAACAAACUACAGGCCAGCCAGGUGUUGCCAGCUCACCCUUGCUCACCGAGGUGGUACUCCCGCGCAGGGCCGUUCACGCAGAUGGUAUGGCAGAGUAGCCGCGAGUUUGGAGUGGGCAAGGCGAGGAGCAGGUCGGGCAAAAUCAUCGUGGUGGCGCAUUAUUCUCCUGCAGGUAACAUGGAAAAUGACUUCAAAGAAAACGUGCAUCCGCUAAACACUCGCGCCCUGGCCGCCGAGAUCCUGGGCCAGACUCCCUCCACAGUGGCGCUGGAGGGAGUGGACGGGCGGACGGUGGAGCGGGUAAUGCGCGUACUCGCUGCCCAACCACCUCGCCUCGUGGGCCGCAACGCCACCAAGGUCAUCGCUGCUCAUCUGCUUGGUCACACAGCUUCCCUGGUGAACACCCCUGACGAAGAGCUUCGCGUCGUCAUUAAUAGACCAGUAAGUCGCAAGCGGAGAGGGUUUAAGAGAAGGUCUUCAGAAGCAGGUCGGACAGCCUCUGAAACUACUUCCUCCAAUGUCCUCGGUGGUCUUCCUGAACUCUCGUGCUGCCCAACGAGGUUCAGGCUCAGAGCACGGGCAUCCGUGUCUCCAGCAGACAUUCAGUCGAGUGUGAUGCAUGAGCCUCCAGAAGGUGGUGAUCGCGAGGGUGAAGUGGCAAGCCCCUCUAGAAACUGGCUUCAGCCUCAUAGUGCGGAGGGCUCAAAAGGCGGGGCUGAUGAAGGUCCGACGGAAGUGAUAGAACUACAGAGGGGAGAUUUAGGCACCCCUUCGUCGGAUGUUGAGGUGAUUAGUUCCUUAAGCUUUAGUGCCAGUCCUAAAUAUUCCUCUUCUAGAUCUAAGAGACCUCGUUUAAAGAAGACUGGGCAACAGAACCCUAUCAAUUCAGACUCAAGUACGGACCUUGAGGUCAUUAGAAGGGAAUCCUUUGAUUCUGUAGAUUCUCAAUCACAUCCGGAACCCAAGUCUGGGAUCCUGCGACAAGAUGCAGGUGUGAGAGAAAACAACGAGUCUGUACGUGAUGGAGUGACGGAGCCUGGUGUAGACAAACACAGCAAAGGUCUCAAACUUCCUUUCGAGGUAAAGAAAACAGAAUAUGGGCAACUGAACUACUACGCACUUAGUCCUAUGCGCUACUGAGUGGCCUGCCGUCGGUCUGACCAUCAGUUACAAAGAACACAAACAUUGCUGACAGAGGUACACGUAGAUAUCAUGAUUUAUCGAAUCGAUAUAAUUUCAUUAACUUCUUUCGAAGCAUACUUCAUUACGUGGGAAUGAGUGACGUCAAAAUGGUGUGUGAAUCAAAUUUCCAAGUGAAAACAAAUCUCGUGAAAGUGAUCUUGGCGGCGGUUGUUGAUGUGAUAAUUUCCAGAGUGUUGCUGUUGUUGUUAGUUAAGAAACUUGUUAUUACGUGCCUGAAAUGUGCCAAGCUAGAGCCUUUCUUCAUGGUCUCGGGAGGCAAGGUUUUGUGGCAAGCAUCCAUCGUGUCUCUUUUGUUAUGUACCUUCCAUUUCUUUACAGUACUUGUCCUCACGUGUAUAAAUACAUCCCAUGCUAAGUUAGCUCAGCUCACCUCAAGUCAUGUGAACGAUGUUUGCCACGAAAGACAAAACUUGCCAUGCACGCUUCUCUAUGCAAUACAAAUUAUUCCUGUAUGAAGUUAAUCAACAUUUUGUAACUGCCUUUGCGAUCUCCAAGUGGUAGUUUUAUUGGAGUGAAUCACGUAUUUACGAGUAUUUACAGUUCUCAUAUAAUCGGUUCUUAAAAAUCCCCAAACGAAGUCUUGGUGAUAAUAUUUAUACAUUAAGGAUAUAUAAUGGUUAUUCAUAUCGUGCAUCUCCAUUACUUCUUUUAUAUGAUUUAUCUUUACAUCUAUUUUUACAUAAAACCAGUGAAGGCAGUUAACAGCUUUUUUGUCUGUCGGCUCGGGACGGGGAUGUGAUGUCAGCAUAAUAUAUUUUCAUGUGCAGAUACAUUUAAGUGCCUUGCAAAUUAAAUGUAUCUGAAGAAUCAAAUUGAUAUUGUUGUUACUGUUAAACUUGUUAUUCAGUGUAAGAUACUUAUUCAACUUUUUUUCCAGUAUUAAAAUACAUAGGUUGCCUUAUACACAGAAUGCGACCCUAUGAGCACAUAAUGAAACCAACCGAUACUCUUGUUUUGUGUCUCGUGACGAUGAGCUGUACGUGUGUCAGUGAGAGAAUGACUGAUGCAGCGUGUUGAAAUCUUGUCUGUGUUUACAUUAUCUUGUAUGUUUACAUUAUUUUGACUAGUGACUGAGGCUGUGUACGUUCAUAUCAAUGUGUUUCCCUUAGCUUUAUUUCUAACUGCUGCAUUUUUUACUUUUUUUUUUUUCAUGUUGCCAGACAGUACUGCUCGUGGUGGUGUUGCGGCUGCCGACUUUGGGACAAGGGUGCAAUUUUUUCCGUGUAAAAUUUGGAUGGAGAUUAACAAAUUAUUUUUGCAACGACGUUCCUUCAAGAGUGCUCACCUUAUUAAAUUUUCCAGUUAAUGUUGGUCGAAUAGUAUGACAAAGGCCGGAAAAAUGUGAAUUUGCAUGACUUAUAUCUUUUCUAGAUUUUAUAGCCUACCAAUUAAAAAAAUAUAUAAUAAUAAUAAUACAUAAGCGUCCAUCUUAUCAAAAUCUAGCAAUUUAAAUCAAAAUAUUUUGUAUUUCUCGUGUCAUUUUGGCUUUUAAUUCCUCUUCAAAUAAGGAGGUUCACGUAACAACAUGGAGCUCAAGCCCCAAAAUGCCCAUAAUGUCGCGUACACAAAUCACUCAGAUACGACGAACUAGAAGUUGAUUGAUGAACGAAAAUUUAUUCAAACUAUGUAGGCUGAUUGUUAUAAUAGAAUAUUACACUGCGUUUCUUAGGGAUUUAUUAUUAAAAAAAAUAUAAAAAAUCCUUACUAAUUUUCCAGUACGUUAGAGUUGAAUGAAUAAUUGUACUCCAGAUCACAAGCUGUCAUGCAAAGGCAUUGCCUUUGCAUUGGGUCUUCGUCUGACUUUGAAAUUGUUCUUUAGUGACGAUCACAUCGGUAGUAUAGAAAGCUCGCUUAUUUCUUCUAGUAACUAGAAAAUACGCCUCGCGGUGCUAUCGUGGAAUGGUGGCUAGUUCAACCGCUGAGCGAGCGACAAAAUGUUUUAUAUGUAUAUUCAAAGCAACACUAUUCCGUAUUCCUCUGCGUCUUUGUAUGAUUACUGAUAUUGAGGAAAAUACAAAUAUGAAAUUUUUAUAACUUAUCAGAGACGACAGCCUAGAUAGACAUGUUUCCUGUAUUUUUGUGUAUUUAAGUUUCCGCGGGGGAAACAGCUGACAGGCGUCCCGCAGGCCGCUGCCACACCAGCCUGUGCUCGAGUCCACACGUGGCGACGUGACUACUUAUGGACACGGACGAAUUGAACACGGGCUGUACAUCUUAGCUACAUCUGACUAAUGAAACGAGGUUUGCUUAAGUAACUGAAGUACUCGAAACGUACUGCAAGCAUGUAAGGAAUCUGUAUUGCAUCUAGAAAAAAAAAAAAGAAAAAAAAAAACCGGUAUUGAGUAACGAGUGUUUCUUGGCCUGUGAGGUGAGUGCCUGCUGGAAGAAGUACCUGCCGCUCACUGAUGUGACCGUACGCAGAACUUCGUCGUCUCUGAGUGUUUGCUAUGUACCAUCAGUGGCAUAAUGGUAGUGAGGUGUCGCUAGCGCUCAGUCUGCCUGUGCACCAAAGCACUCGCUGCAGUGGGAUUGAUGGUUGACACGAUUCUUCGUUGAGGUUAAGUCAAAGGCGCCUUUCAUAUUUUAUGCUUGAGCAGACUGUGCCUCAUGUCUUAGGGCAGUGCUGUGAUUAUCUCCUUCGCACAGAGUUAAGGUUAAAAGAAUACCCAUAAUCAAAACUGAAUUGAUGAAUUGGCCAAAAUUUGACAAUAUUUGCCCACAGCUCGUUAUAUAGACUGGGCAAUGGAGUAGUAAAUGUAGCUAAUAGCGAUGGGCGAUAUCGGCUGUAUUGCAAAUUGAUAUCUUAUAGAUUACUUUUUAUUUAUUUAUUCAUUUUCUAUAUCAAGUAUCAGUUACUGAGCACCACUGCUGAUACCUUGAGCUGUGCCUAAUGCUAACUUUUCACAUAACACCAUUCUUUGAAAAAAAUAAUAAUUAGUAAUUAGCAGUCUUACAUUACAAAAGUCUCUCUCUCUCUCUCUCUCUCUCUCUCUCUCUCUCUCUCUCUCUCUCUCUCUCUCUCUCUCUCUCUCUCUCUCUCUCUCUCUCUCUCUCUCUCUCUCUCUCUCUCUCUCUCUCUCUCUCUCUCUCUAGUGACUGUCAGUCAUGUUCCCAGUGAUGUGGGACAACAAGGAACUGCCAAAUGCAAAAGUAUUACUGUAUCUCUGCCUUUCAGUAUACGUAGGUUUGCCUUUACAUGUUCUGAUAAAUUAAUUUCUUGAAGUUGUCAUACUGGAAAAAAAAAUAUAUGUAAGAGGACUGUUGAUGUCUAUGUAGCCACAAGUACAUUUAAUAUCUGAUUAAUAUCUGAUCAUUUAAUAGCUGAUAUAACCACUGAUAUUGCUCAUCCCUAGUAGCUACAAAAUCAUAAUUUUGGGAACUUUUUCACACAGGUUUUAAUACAACAUAACUUGUACUUUUGUCUCUUGACAAUUCAUUACUUCCAGCAGCAUCAAAGAUUGCAAGUGUGUGGGCAAAUAUGUUGAUGUCAUUUUUUUUUUCUUCUUCUUUAUUUUAAGUGUACCUCUAUGAAUGUACAAUUCAUGGAAAUACAAACACCAACCACUAAAUUUAUUUGCUCCAGUCUCUCAGGGUUGUGCAGUAUCAUAUAUAGAAUAAUCUAAUUUUUUUAGGAAAUGGCAGUACUGCUGUGACCUCAUUUAUAUGGAUGUAAUGUGAAGUAAUAUAUCUCAUGACAUUAAACGCAGACAUUAGUAUAUGACUGGCUGAUAUUUUUCAUGUGGAUAACAUCAAGCAUUUUGACAUAAUUUUAUUAUGUAGCUAUUUUAUUUUUAUCAACAAGAAUUUCCUGAUUCCAAAUGGCACCAUUCUACCAUUGUAGCAAAGUAAUCAUUUAAUAUGGUUAACUGGAAAUCAUUAUCAUUUGAUGUUACUAUGUCAGGUAAUCUGAAUAUCAUACAUAAUGUAUUAUGGUAACUCAUCAGUGUAGCUCAGUUUUUCUUUUUUUUCCAGCAAGUGAAACAAUUAAAAUAAAAUAGGGUAUUCAUUCCACUGUUGGUUGGAAAAUGUCAUUUGUAUUAUUAUGUUUUAUAAAAUUUAUGUGCAGAUGUGUAGUAAUUUUGAUAUGUAGGGCACAUUAUUUCCUCAUAGUGUUUGGCAGCACCUCUGAGUGUGUCUGGUGUUGAUGUGUUGGGUGUGGCAGGUGAUGGUGAUGGGUGUAGGAGACUCACCUUACCCAGAAAAGACAAUUUCAUACAAAUUUCCAAAACUGUUACCUUCUCUAUAAAAAUUAAGCCAACUUUGUUCUUGUUCAUAUUUGUUUAUACAUUUCCUAGUUUGAAAUGUUCCUUAUCAAUAAAACAAAAAAUUCUUUGUGUGUGGGGAUUGCCUUAUGAGGGCCAAGAAUAAAUGUAUAUCAAGCUGGUACUUGAAACACAGGGUUUAUGGGUCCAAGAAAUAUUGGGAAAAAGCAGAAAAAUAAAUUGCAACAGCUAGUGCCUAAUUUUCAUGAUGGAAUAAUAAUACUUUAUUGUAUUACAGUUAGUAAUAGCUUGUUUUAUUGAUCAGCACAAGGCAAUUUACAUAUACAAAUACAUUUGUUCUGUGUAAAAGUUAUGAAAGUUGUGAUUUUCAUACUAGUAAAACCAUGGUAUGAUGUAUUUCAAUAAAACAUUUCAUCUUGA